AGCUACCAGGGUACAACAAAAUACAGGAAGGACAAAGGGUUUAAGAAUCUGCGAAGCUGUACAGAAAGAAUUAUGGCAUCAAUGGCGAAUCAAGAAAUAAAGGAAGAAGAUUACGGCGUGUUGUUAUACUACAAGUACGCUACGAUUCCCGAUCUUGAAGCACUAUUCAACUUCUACGAGUCCAACUGCAAGUCUCUUUCCCUCCUGGGUCGUGUCCGCCUCUCUCCCAAUGGCGUCAAUGUCACUGUAGGGGGAAAGUUAUCUGCCUUGGAGGAGCACAUUGCUGCAGUGAAGUUGAAUUGUUUGUUUGAAGGGACAGACUUUAAGCUUGCAUCUUGCCAUGAACCAUCAAACGAUAGGGUCGCCAUGGAAUGUGGAUUUACUUCCCUCUCUAUACGUAUAGUUAAGGAAUUGGUAACUUUGAGUUCCUGUCCCCUGAGAAGGUCGCCUGAAAUUUCAAAUGCGGGGAAGCAUCUCUCUGCAGCCGAAUUCCACUCUGCCCUUCACAAUGUUGGGAACUUUCAAGACAAACUGAUUCCAAGCAGCAAUAAAAGAACUGUCCUUAUUGAUGCAAGGAAUUUAUAUGAGACUAGAAUCGGGAAGUUCUAUACUCCAAAUAUGGAGACUUUGGAUCCAGAAAUCCGGCAGUAUAGUGACCUUCCUUCUUGGAUAGAUAACAACUCCGAGAAGUUGCGUGGGAACAAUAUUCUCAUGUACUGUACUGGAGGAAUUAGAUGCGAGAUGGCAUCAGCCUAUAUCAGGUCUAAAGGUGCCGGCUUUGAAAAUGUUUUCCAGCUUUAUGGUGGGAUACAACGAUAUCUGGAGCAAUUUCCUGAUGGUGGUUUUUUCAGAGGAAAGAAUUUUGUCUUUGACCACAGGGUUUCAGUUGGAAGCUCAGAUUCAAGAAUUUUGGGUACUUGUCUUCUCUGUAGUUCUCCUUUUGAUGAUUACUCAUCACGGACCCGGUGCAUGUACUGUAGGAUGCUUGUCUUAGUCUGUGAUAAUUGCCGGGAGAAGGAUUCUUCUUAUGUUUGUGAACUUUGCCAGAAGAACAGCCAGUGUAUUCAGCCAACUUCAGCAACAGAGUUUGACAACGCAGUGGAAAUAUCAGAAGUCGCAGAGCUUGAAGCUGUCUCUACCCCGGAUAGAAUUGCUCUAUCACCCCUGGUUUCAGGACCCAGGACAUUGCGAAAGCUGAGAAUUCUUUGCCUUCAUGGUUUCCGCCAGAAUGCUUCUGGUUUCAAAGGUAGAACUGCAUCUUUAGCCAAGAAACUCAAGAGCAUUGCUGAGCUUGUUUUUGUGGAUGCACCCCAUGAAUUGCCUUUCAUUUAUCAAAUCCGUAGAAACUUCGAUUCUGCAUCAGAAAUGGAAAAUAACCGUCCACCUUCAGAGAGUUGCAGCAAAAAGUUCUCAUGGUUAGUUGCACCUGAUCACAAGGGAGAGAACGAUUCUGAUUGGAAGAUAGCUGAUAGUCCAUUUGAUUCUCUUCAGUACCAGAAACAAACUGAAGGUUUCGACAAAUCAAUUGCAUAUUUAAAAGACACAUAUUCUAAAACAGGCCCUUUUGAUGGGAUAUUGGGUUUUUCACAAGGAGCUGCAAUGGCCGCUUUAGUUUGUCUACAUCAGCAGAGGCUGAAAGGAGAGAUGGAAUUCAGAUUUGCGAUUCUGUGCUCCGGUUUUGCUGUUAAUAUGAACAAUUGUCAGCAGGGUUCAAUCGAUGUUCCUUCACUUCAUAUAUUUGGCAACGACAAGGGUAAAGAUAGACAGAUAGAGAGCCAAGCUAGUAGACAUGUUGCUUCUGUGUUUGAGAAUGGCUGCUCUGUUGUUAUUGAACAUGACUUUGGUCAUAUAAUUCCCACAAGACCUCCAUAUAUUGAUCAGAUAAAAGAUUUCCUCAAACGUUUCAUGUAAUUUUCUCAGCAUAAUUGGGCUUCAAGUCAAAGCCUUGAUUGAUGCAUUGGGAUUAUGCUUUAGCUUGUAUCAAGAUGUUAUAAUUUGUAAACUAUUAAUCAUAGUCCCUGGUUUCAAGUAAUUUGGUUCUCAAGA